ACCUCACCUGACGGCGAACGUCUUUGGCGAUCCUUUCAGUCGCUGGAUGCAAACUGGUGGCUCCGGCCGCAGGUGCAAAAGGCCUCCCUGUUGGGGGGGCGGAGGGGCGAUGCCGCUGCACCCAGGGCCCCUCCUGUCCCUCGUGGCGGCGCUGGUGACUUUCCUGCCGGGGGGCUUUUGCGGCUCUCCCUCGCACUCCCUGGGCUACUUCUACUGGCAACUGCCAGAGCCCAGCCAGGGGCUGCCCCAGUUCUUCCUUAGGGGCUACUUGGAUGACCAGCCCAUCGCUCGCUUUGACAGCCUCACCAGGAAGAUGGAGCCUCUGGUGCCCUGGAUGGAGGAGGCCGAGAAGGAGAUGUUUUUGGCCCCUGAGUGGGUCUUUGGUGCUGACCUGGAGCAGUUAUCACAACGGGACCAUCAUGGUGGAGGGCUUCACACCUGGCAGGUGGUUUUGGGCUGUGAGUUCAGAGAAGACAGGAGCAAAGGAGGCUUUUUCCACUAUGGCUAUGAUGGGAGGGACUUCAUCAGCUUCGAUAAGGAGACCCUCAGAUGGGUGACAGCUCAGCCCCAGGCCCAGAAGGUCAAGAAGAAGUGGGAGGAGAAUCCAGAGUGGUCGGAGAAAAUGAAAGCCUUCCUGGAGAAAACCUGCAUUGAGUGGUUGCAGACAUACCUGUUGUAUAGAAAGAAGGUUCUGGAGACGAUAGAGCCUCCGGUGGGGAAGGUGACCCACAAGGUGGUGGAUGACAGUCUGGAGGUCCUCAUCUGCCAGGCCUUUGGAUUCUACCCCAAGGAGAUCCAGGCCACCUGGAGGAGGGAUGGAGAAGUCUGCCAGCAUGAGACCCUCCAAAGGAACGUUGUGCCUAACUCAGAUGGGACCUAUUAUGUCCAGCUCAGCAUUGAGAUCGACCCCAAGGAGAGGGAUCAUUAUCAGUGUCACCUGGAGCAUGAGGGCUUGCAAGAGACCAUGGUCUUGGCUUCCCAGGAGGAAGCAGAGUGGUGGAUUCCUGUGAAAAUUGUGACUGCUUUACUCUUGGGAUUUGAGACUCUGUUCCUGCUCUAUUGCUGGUGGAGACGCAUGGAAAAUGUCUCCCAGAAAGUGCCAACUUCUCCUGAUCAGGGUUCUCUAGGAGUUCCUUGUUCCCUUCUUCAUGGUACAGAAGAGGAGAGCCAGGUGAUCGACCAACCCGAAAUAACAUCAGAGCAAGGGGCAUUGUGUUGUGUGGGGAGGUCCCAGAAGUCUCCUAAAGUCAACGCGUCAACAUGUCCAAGUAGAAAGCAAGAGCGGUUCAGAAAUUGAAAGAGCAAUUGGAGACGUCUAAUGAGGCCGCAGCUUGAAGCAAAAGUAUCAGACUCUGAAGAGAAGAAAGUUGAGUGGACAGAAAGCCUGUGGGGAGCCCAGGAUCACUCUUCCAGUGUUAUGGAGUCUCAGUAUUUGUACUUCCAAAUAAAAAACUUCCGGCAGCCAAGAAGGCUCCACAUCCAUUUGCACUACUCAGCUGAGCCUUGAGGACCCAGAUAAAC